AAUCCUCACAACCGCAAAUUUUUUUUUCUUUUUUCUAGCUUUAAAAUGUUCUCUCCAACUUCAAUUGUUCGACAGUCCCGUACAACUUUAUUAGAUUUUUGUCGUUUCAAGUCUGCUCUGACUCCCCAUAUUUUGCCUAAAACCAAAUUGAACGACGAGGUUAUUCUCUCCAAAAGCAAUAAUCGUUACACUGUGACAGCGCUGCCAGGCGAUGGAAUUGGACCUGAGGUUAAACAAAUUUUUUAA